AUGUGCCACCAGAAUGGCUUCCAGCUCCGGCAGCUCUGCAUCCCCCCUCCCACGCUGCUGGUCCGCAGCUUCCCGGUGAGGCCGCGCCCGGAGCCCUGCGCCGCCCUGCGCCGGCUGCAGAGCCUCAGUCCCUGCCUGGAUCCCUGCCGCUGCCCUGGCAUCCCUCAGGGCACCACCACCUACGUCAACCUGGGCACCCUCGGGGUGAGGCAGGCUUGCGUGGAUCCCUGCAGUAAAGAGGUGAGCAAGUGUGUGGAUCCCUGCUGCCAGGAGGUGACCCAGUGCAGCACCAGCUGUGUGGAUCCCUGCUGCAAAGAAGUGACCCAGUGCAGAACCAGCUGUGUGGAUCCCUGCUGCCAGGAGAUGACCAAGUGCAGCACCAAGUGUGUGGAUCCCUGCUGCCAGGAGGUGACCAAGUGCAGCACCAGCUGUGUGGAUCCCUGCUGCAAGCAAGUGACCCAGUGCACCACUACUUGUGUAGAUCCCUGCUGCAAAGAGGUGACCAAGUGCAGCACCAAGUGUGUGGAUCCCUGCUGCCAGGAGGUGACCAAGUGCAGCACCAAGUGUGUGGAUCCCUGCUGCCAGGAGGUGACCAAGUGCACCACCAAGUGUGUGGAUCCCUGCUGUAGACAGGUUACCAAGUGCACCACCAAGUGUGUGGAUCCUUGCUGUAGAGAAGUGAUCAAGUGCACCACCAGGUGUGUAGAUCCCUGCUGCCAGGAGGUGACCAAGUGCACCACCAGGUGUGUGGAUCCCUGCUGCCAGGAGGUGACCAAGUGCACCACCAGGUGUGUGGAUCCCUGCUGCCAGGAGGUGACCAAGUGCACCACCAGGUGUGUAGAUCCCUGCUGCCAGGAGGUGACCAAGUGCACCACUAAGUGUGUGGAUCCCUGCUGCCAGGAGGUGACCAAGUGCACCACCAGGUGUGUAGAUCCCUGCUGCCAGGAGGUGACCAAGUGCACCACCAAGUGUGUGGAUCCCUGCUGCCAGGAGGUGACCAAGUGCACCACCAGGUGUGUGGAUCCCUGCUGCCAGGAGGUGACCAAGUGCACCACCAGGUGUGUGGAUCCCUGCUGCCAGGAGGUGACCAAGUGCACCACCAGGUGUGUAGAUCCCUGCUGCCAGGAGGUGACCAAGUGCACCACUAAGUGUGUGGAUCCCUGCUGCCAGGAGGUGACCAAGUGCACCACCAGGUGUGUAGAUCCCUGCUGCCAGGAGGUGACCAAGUGCAGCACCAAGUGUGUGGAUCCCUGCUGCCAGGAGGUGACCAAGUGCACCACCAGGUGUGUGGAUCCCUGCUGCCAGGAGGUGACCAAGUGCACCACCAGGUGUGUGGAUCCCUGCUGCAAGGAGGUGAUCCAGUGCACCACCACCAAGUGUGUGGAUCCCUGCUGCAAGGAGGUGACCAAGUGCACUACCACCAAGUGUGUGGAUCCCUGCUGCCAGGAGGUGACCAAGUGCACCACCAGGUGUGUGGAUCCCUGCUGCAAGGAAGUGAUCCAGUGCAGCACCACCAAGUGUGUGGAUCCCUGCUGCCAGGAGGUGACCAAGUGCACCACUAAGUGUGUGGAUCCCUGCUGCCAGGAGGUGACCAAGUGCACCACUACCUCUGUGGAUCCUUGCUGCCAGGAGGUGACCCAGUGCAGCACCAGCUGUGUGGAUCCCUGCUGCAAAGAAGUGACCCAGUGCAGCACCAGCUGUGUGGAUCCCUGCUGCAAAGAAGUGACCCAGUGCAGUACCAGCUGUGUGGAUCCCUGCUGCCAGGAGGUGACCCAGUGCAGCACCAGCUGUGUGGAUCCCUGCUGCCAGGGGGUGACCCAGUGCAGUACCAGCUGUGUGGAUCCCUGCUGCCAGGGGGUGACCCAGUGCAGCACCAGCUGUGUGGAUCCCUGCUGCCAGGGGGUGACCCAGUGCAGCACCAGCUGUGUGGAUCCCUGCUGUGGAGGGGUCCAGGCUGUGACCAAGUGUGUGCAGUCCUGCCCCACCAGCUGUGUGACCCAGAGCGCCGAGCCCUGCGCCCCCCAGUGCAGCACCCAGUGCGUGGAGGUCUGCCCUGCACCCUGCGCCCCCCAGUGCAGCACCCAGUGCGUGGAGGUCUGCCCCACGCCCUGCGCCCCCCAGUGCAGCACCCAGUGCGUGGAGGUCUGCCCCACGCCCUGCGCCCCCCAGUGCAGCACCCAGUGCGUGGACGUCUGCCCUCCCAAGUGCGUCGACGUCUGCGUGGAGCCCUGCCCCACCCAGUGCUGCACCACCAAGUGCGUGGAGCCCUGCCCCACCCAGUCCGUGGAGGUCUGCACCACCAAGUGCGUGGACUCCUGCGAGACCGUGUGCCUGGAGCCCUGUGGCACAGCCUGCUCCCACCAGUGCUGA